CUCGUCCUCCAGCAUCCCGCUCUUCUCUCCAGCAGGAUGUGGCACUCGGCGGCUCUGCUCCUUUCAGGAUUGUCCGCGUUGAUACACGUGUCCUCAGGGGGUCCUCACCAGAGGAGCCUGCUGAAGACCCUCCUGAAAGACUACGACCGCAUGGAAAGACCCGUAGGCAACGACUCACACCCGCUGACAGUUACCUUUUCGCUCAGUUUGAUACAGCUUAUGGAUGUGGACGAAAAGAACCAGGUGCUCACCUCAAACAUGUGGCUGCGGAUGAGCUGGUUUGACCACUAUCUCCAGUGGAACCAGAGCGAACAUCCCGGAGUUAAAAACCUUCGCUUCAGAGCAGACCAAAUCUGGACUCCAGAUAUUCUACUGUACAACAGUGCAGAUGAUGACUUUGACUCCACCUUUAAGACCAAUGUGCUGGUCAACUCCAGUGGCUAUGCUGAGUAUUUACCUCCAGGCAUUUUCAUGAGCACCUGCAACGUGGACGUUCGCUGGUUCCCCUUCGACAUCCAGAAGUGCGUGCUCAAGUUCGGUUCGUGGACGUACGACGGCUGGCUGCUCGAUCUCCAGAUGAACGACGCGGACAUGUCGGGCUACAUGUCCAACGGGGAGUGGGACCUCAUAGGAGUGCCCGGCACUCGGAACGAGGUAUUCUACGAGUGUUGUAAGGAGCCCUAUCCGGAUGUGACCUUUAUCGUGACCAUAAGACGGAGAACGCUGUACUACGCCCUCAACCUUCUCAUCCCCUGCAUGCUCCUCUCUUCAAUGACCCUACUCAUCUUUGUGCUACCUGCUGACUCUGGAGAAAAGAUCUCACUGGGGAUUACUGUCUUGCUGUCGCUGACUGUGUUCAUGCUGCUGGUGGCUGAGAUCAUGCCGGCUACAUCUGACUCUGUCCCGCUAAUAGGUCAGUACUUUGCCAGCAUAAUGAUUAUCGUUGGCAUGUCGGUCAUUGCGACAGUGGUGGUCCUGCAGUACCAUCACCAUGACCCCAAUGGAGGAAACAUGCCCAAAUGGGUGAAGUUGGUCCUGCUCCAGUGGGUGGCGUGGUUCCUGCGGAUGAAGCGUCCCGGCGAAGCGGAGAAACCCGAGAGGCCCCAGUGUGCCCCCCAUCUACGUCGCUGUUCCUCAGGCUCCCACAGCGGCAGCAUCCCGAACCACGGCGACCCCGCCCUGCACCCGCUGCACCCUCAGAACCUCGCCCCUCUCCACGUGGGGCACCUCCAGUCUAGCGCCAACAACGGGAAUCUUCUUUACAUGGGCUUCCAGCCGAUGGAGGAACCCUCAGUGCUCGUAGACGCCGCCCAGAGGAGUAACAACGCCCCCUCAGGACCGCGAAGUCCGCCACCGCAUCUGCCGCCUCACCUGUGCAGCUCCCCAAGCCCCAACUUGGACGUGGUAGGAUGCCCCAGCAUUGUCUCCAGCGGCGGGGGGUUUGGAAACGCUGUAGGUCAGGCCGCAGGUCAUGGGGACCCUUUGCUUCAGGCCAUCCUGGAGGAGGUGCGCUACUUGGCGGACCGCUUCAAGGAGCAGGACGAGGCAGAGUGCGUGGCCGACCAGUGGAAGUUUGCGGGCGCCGUCAUCGACCGCCUGUGCUUGGUGGCGUUCAGCGUCUUCAACAUCAUUUGCACCAUCUCCAUCCUCAUGUCGGCGCCCAACUUUGCGGACGCGGUUUCCAAGGACUUUAUCUGAACGCUCUUGAAGUAUCAAGCAGGAUCCAGGGAGACACAUUCUCCUGCGGACGGAAGACUGCAGGAAAAUGUGGAUUUAGUGACUGAAGCGUUAUUUGAUGUGUGGUGAAAUGUCAAUCCAAACUUUGAGGCGGGGAUGGAAAAGCCAGCCCGGGACAUCCUACAGGAAGAAAGUCCACACCUGGGAGCUUGACGGGAGGAAGGAAAGACACCAAUACAGUGAAGAUGGAGGAGAACAAGACAAGGACAUGCAGAUGAGGGAAGAUAAAGAAGACAGGAAGAGACGAAGGUGCUCGACUAUUAUUCAAUCCCGCGUGUCUAAUGGCUGUCAAAUUGAAAAGUCCGCCCAUCAUCUUUAAAGUGCGACUAAUCGGCUGUGAAAAGAUGACUCUGGCUAUUUUGCAUUUGCAAAGGUCUUAUUAUCUCUUAGUUAGCUCAUACUGGCGAUCUCCAAAAUGAAUUGGAGCUGCAUGCAGAUGCAGAUCUUAAAUGGGCGGUAAAGCUACACAAUCAAUACAGAAAAGCAACAUCUUAUUAAAAGCUAGCUAAAGAGUGUCAUUCAAGACUUGGAAUCCCACAAAGGAAGCAGACUCGUCUCUCUCUCUCCCUCGCUCGUCAAUGAACACAGGCAACAAAAUCAAUAUUAUAAAGAUUUCCUGCUAGUGGCACAAUGCCCCUUUGCUAAUUUGUGUCUAAUGGAGAUCUUCUGAGAGAGGGCUUAAAAUAAUCACAAUAAACUAAUUAAAUCUAAUACAAGAGCUGUAGCAAAAUGUUAGCUUGUGCGGACUAGGUAACAUAUUUAGGAAUGUUACAAUUGCACCAUCUUACAGUACUGUAUUUUCCAUAAACCCGGAAGUGGCAUGAUAGCCGACAACACAUUUAAAACGCACAUUUCCCCUUUUGACUGUUUGAGUCACAAAUAGACAAUUCCCCCAAGCAUCAUACAUUUAACAUAAAAAAUCUGGAAACUGAGUUGCCAGUUCUUUAUCGUAAAAUGUACUUAUAUAUAUAUAUAUAUACAGUCGUGAUCAAAAGUUUACAUACAC